AUGUAUAAAUAUCGUUUUCAAUGUCCAGAUUCUUCAGAUUAUGAUUUAGCAUAUUAUGAAUUACAACUGGAUAGUUUAGAAUCAUUUCCAUGGAAUUCAGUUGAUAAUGUUGUUGGAGAUCAUGGUACAGGCGAUCAUAAAUUAUCUGAUUUAAUAAAAUAUUGGCAUACACGUCUUGUUCUUAUGCUUGUGUCAAAAGAUUAUACAAUUCGAAAUAUUGAAUCUGGUCAAACAAAAUGUGAUAGUCGUGAAGAAAUGUCACAUGAAGAUUUUUUUCUUUAUGUUGAACAUUUUGUUCGAUUUUUAUUUAUGCUUAAUGAACUUAAUCGAGUACCUAUUGGAUCAACUAAAUGUAUACAUCGAUCUCUUGAUCCAUUAACUGGUAAAAAACGAGCUGAUCCUCCUAAACGUCAAGGAAAAACUUUAGUUGCAAUUGAAACAUUUAAAUUAGUUGAUAUAAUGUCUGGCGAUAAAGAUGCAAUAAAUAAUUUAUUUCGAGAUGAUCAACAAGAUUUAUUAUUUAUUAAAGAUUCUAUAAUAUCAAAACAUACUUUCAUUGCAAUUGACGCUAUUUGGUGGUCAACUGAACAUUUUUAUAUUUACUGA